AUGACCGACACCAUCGCACCGAGCGCCGAAUUCUUAAGCUUCACCAAGAUGGAACACGUCAAGCUGAAGAACAGACCGCAAACCAUCUCCAAAGCGCAACUCCACGCCCUUCUGAACCGCUACGAAGACCAGCUACAGGUGUGUGACAACCAGCGAAAGACGCUAGAAGAUGCGCAUACUAACGGUCGCCCAAUCAAAGACUUGUUCGCCCCUGUCGAACCCUUCCGCCCGGUCAAGGCACUGGCCUCCAAGAAACUUGACAAAUCCGACGAAGCGUUGCUGCCAGCAGAACUCCGAGAUGUCAUGCUGAACCUGACUGCGGGCGACAUGUCGCUGGUGGUGACGGCUUUGAAGCACCGCAUCGACCGCAUUGGCACCAUCAUUGACAAUGCGAGGUUGUCCUGCAACGACCCGACGCAGACUUGGGAUGAAGUACAGACCGAGCUGGCCGGAGUGAGUAAGUCUACAUGCGACGACGGCGAUGGCAUGUGCCUGUCGUUUGCUGAUAUCGUACUUGGCACCAGUCAGGAUGAUAUGUGUACGGGGCUCGCGGCUUUCGACAUUGCCAGCACGCCGAAGGAGACGUGGAAGAAGGCCGUGCCGAAGGAUUUCCGGCUGUACAUUGGUGCGCCGCAUGCUGGGAGGCAGAGUCUUGCUGACAAGUCUGUUCAGAACGAGAACGAUGUCACGGGAAGUCUCAAGCGUCGGGAUCCAACGACGGUGAAGAACUACGGUGAGUAUCACGGCGGCUUUCACCCCGAAGAGCUGAUGAAGAAAGGAGCGCUGACUCCCAGCACGCAAAGCCCCGGUGUCCCUCCGACCUGCACCUUGACAACCGAGAUCCAUCCCAUCUUCGCGCGGGAGAGAUUCAUCGAGUGUCCGCAAGAAGUCUACAACGUUCUGAAACCCUCCCUGCAACUCGCAACACUCGUCCUCCAACACCGCGCCACAAGCCGCUACUGGCACACCGCCGCCUUCAGUCCACGCACAACCCGCCCCCUUGCAGAAUCAACCAAACAAGCCAUCCACAUCCCCACCGAAGUCCCCUGGACAGCCCCCAACGCCACAGCCUUCGCCGCACGCCUACAAACCCUCACAAACCACUGCAGCAUCCAUUUCAACCUCUCCUCCCCCGACGACGCCAACUACGGCAUGUGCAUCGCCGCGCAAAAACCCAACCGCUUCGUCCUCCCGCUCGACAAGACACACGUCCACACAGCGCUCAUCCACCUCUCCUUCGACUUCUACACCACCGCCGUGCGCCUGGCCAAAACGCGGCAUCCGGAUCCGCACAUGCUGCUGCGCUUUCAGUUUCUGUUUGCAGUCGUGCUGCUGCAUGAGAUGGCGCAUUGGAUCGAGUUUACGCACGCGAGCACCUUCCUCGGGGAACCUUAUAUCGGCGCCGACAGAUUCAACGAGUCUGGAUUUGCAUUUGAGGAGAGGACUUUUGGGGGCAGGAUAUGCGCUGUGAAUCACCGCAUGGAUUGCGCUUAUGGGGUUUGCAUGGCGGUUUACGACGCUGAGGCCAAGGGCGGCGCGUUCUACAGCGUGCCGAUGGAUUACAUUGUUCGGGUGCAGCAGCAGAGUACAUGGGACGAUCCGGCGCUGCUGCUGGAUCCUGUGAAGGAGUUGCAUAUCCCGAAGGAUGGAGCGAGGGCUUUCGGGCCUUGUACGUUUUCUUUGUUGGCGUGGAAUGAUGAGGAGGAGGUUGGGCGGAUGAUGGACGUUGUUGACACGGGUUUGGUCGUUGGGAGGAAGAAGGAUUGCGGCAAGGCUGUGCAUUCGAAUCUACUGAGAGUCUUGAGUGGGCGGAUUGAGAAGGCGAGGGAGAGGGAGGCGGUUGGGCCGCGGAAGGUGGAUUUGCGGAGGAAGCAGUUCCUUAGCAACCUGGUGGAGGAGAUGGAGGAGAUGUGA